AUGGGAAAUUAGGAAUCUAGGUAAUCAUCUGGAUAACCUUCCAAUAGAAAUUCGGGUUAAUCAUAGUAAAACACUAAUUCACAGAUAUAAGGAAAUAAGAAAGAUGAAAUAUUAAGCCUAUUAGCUAGCAUGCAAUUACAUUAAACUUAGAUUAAUAAUUUAAAUUAGUAGUGUAGCAAAUACUAAAAUUAUACAUCAUGUUGCAAUAAAAUAGAAGGUUAAGUGUUGUUUAUAUGCUUGGAUUGCACUAUAAAUAAAUAAUAUGGGUAAUGCGAAGAAUGCUUUAUAAACUCCAAUCACCUCAACCAUAGAUUUUUUAUGGUUAAAAGCUCGUUCGAAACAUUUUGUGCUUGCGGAACUAAUAGAAACGGAUAAAGUAGCUACACAUGUAAGCGUCACUCUCUUAAAAAAGUUAUAAAUGAUAGUAUAGAAGGGCAUUAGCUUUACCUUUCUUCUUUAGAUCAUAUUCUGCUCUCUAAGAUAGAUUCGUACUUUUAAAAUCAAAUUAUGCAGAUCCAAACAAAUAGUUUAAAAAACAUACAGAGUUUAGAAAAAGUUGUCUUAGAAAUUUCUUCAUUUUGUAGUCAUGGUUUCUUAGCUUAAGUAAUUAUUGCUGAAAUGCUAAGCAACAAAUUUAAAAAUGUAAGCUACAUAGAAAAAAUAGCUAAUCUUUUAAAAUAGUUUUCCAUUUAAUAUUAAGAUGCUGCAAUCCAAACAGUUACUACUAUAAUAACUAAAAUGAAUUAAGUGAUGAGUUUAAUUACAUUUCACAGACUCUUUGAAGAAGAGAAAGCUAAAUUUACAAUAAUUACCUAUGACUUGAAAGUUAUUUAAGGGAACGAAUCAAUUAAAUAUGCUCUUUAUAAUUUUUAUACAAGAGGAUCUUUUUUGAUCAUCUUUAAUAACAGCGAAUUCAUAAAUAUUAGAAGAAAAGAGAUCAUAGAUUGUAUGGAGUAAUUUUUGAUUGAAAACGUCACUAUUAAUGAUACAGUCGAACAACUAAAUAGAUUUUAAUCUUGCCUAUUCCACUUAAAUCCAAGAAAUAAGUUUGAAUUUGAAAAUAUAGAUGAAAUAUGGGUUGGUCUUUGCCGUAUAUUUGAGGCUUUCUUUUAUAGUAGAUCUCAUCCAUUCAAAAAUGAAAAAGAAAUAGUUUUACACAUGCAUAGUGACCUAAACUCUCUUUCCUUCCUUUACUACUUUUUGAAUCAUAUUUAAUUUAUUAAAGAUUAAAAUCGUAAAGAAAAAUUUGAAGUGGAAAUAUUCAAAUUUUUGGUUAUUUAAUGUAGAAAACGUAUGGAUAAUGAGCACAAUGGAUACGCUUAACUUGCAUAAGAAAUUUCAUAACAAGAACUUUGGCCAAUUUUUUCCCUUCCUUAUCGUUUUAUGACUGUUUAUUUAUGCUACUUAUACUAAAAAUGCAAUGGAAACAUAUUUGAAUUUAAAGGCCUAAUAGAUAAUUAUUCAAAGUAAUGCUAACCAGGUGCUUUAGAGUUAGUACUUUGCAGGAUGUCAAAAGAAUUUGCAACCUGUUAUCUCUUUUUCAAAAAUAGACAUGUAGAACCCGACUCCGUAGCAGAAUUUUUUGAAAUGGUAAUUAGAAAAGAAAAGUCAUACACUAGAAUCUGCUAUGAUAUUAGCUUAGAGUACAGAAAACCAACUAUUGGCCUACAUGAUAUCGACAUUACAGGUCUGCAAAUGUCUAUACUUCUUGCUUAAGACAAAAAGAAAGUUCUUGAAUUUAUUGGUUAAGGAAUGGCUCUUCAAAAUAUUUUUGAUCAAAGUAAGAGGAAUUAAGAAUUAAACCUAAUUGAAUAACUUCAUUAAAAGAGUUUACUAUUGAGAGAAGUGGUAUAUUUUGAGCUUAUUUUAAUUAUUAACUCUGAUGUUCUAUCUUUUGCAAAUGUCUUAUACAACAUAUUCGGAGAUAAAGCCAAAAAAUACUAUAAACUUCCAUUCUAAUUAGCAAUUAUUAACCAAUUUAAUGCCUAAACUGUUUACAAGAUUCCUUAGUUGAAGGAAAAAUUAGAAAUAGAAUUAAAUCCUGAAUGCGAUAAUUAUAAAGAAAUUAUGCAAGAUAUAUGCAUCUAUGAUUCUUCAGAGUAGCAUUUUAAACUAAAACCCUAAUUUAAGAACUUCCACGAUGUAUAAAUGUUCUACAAAAAUAGUAAGCGCCAAGGUGAAUUUUAUUCCAUCAUUAGGGAAAGAGCUGAAAAAGAAACUGUAUUUGAUUGUAUAGCAGGAAACAUAUUUGAUUUGCAAGAAUAAAUAUACAAUACAAAUAAUCAAAAUAUUGCAUUCAAUUAAUGUAUUUCUCUCGAUAUUUUAGAAAUUGAGUGCUUGCCUUAAAUUAUCUCUAACAGAAUGAAAGAGUUAAACAUAACUAAUUAGAUUGACCACAAUUUCAUGAAGCAUUUUUGUCGCUUGAUCUUCAUCUUGCUUAAAUAAUCUACUGGUAACAAUUUCGAUACACUUGUUAAAGAUAAAGAAUUAGUGAAUUUCAUAAAAAAAUCUGAAGCAGAUACAGAGCUUAAGAAUUGCAUUAUUAAGCUAUUAGAAAUUAUAAAUGCUAAAAGAAACAGAAUGAAUAUGUCACUCAUGUUUGCAUAAUAGAAUUAAUAGGCAAAUAAUUAAAAUAUUGAUUAAAUAAUUAAAUCUGACCGCGCUAAAGAUGCUUAAAGAAGAGUAAUGGAAGAAUUUUAAAAUAAGCAAAAAGGAUUUUUGGUUAGAAACUAAGAAAUGUACUAAAAUGAAGCAGAGAAGUAAGCAAAGGGAGAGAAAAUUUUAAACUGUCAAAUAUGUUAAUAAUAAACAAGCGAAUUGAUAGUUAUUUAUUGCUAUUUAGCUCUUGAUAAUUUAUGCCAACUAUAUGAUGUUGCAACAAACCUAAAUAAAGUCAAUUUCAGUGAAGAAUUUUUAACAAAAAAUAAGGAUCUAUUAAAUGGAGUACCUUCACCUUAGAACCUGUCUAGAGAUAGCUAAAAUUUUGAAAGAAGAUGUACCUUAAGCAGUUGUAUGCACUCUUUCCAUGGAAAAUGCUUUACUACCUAGGUAAAUUCUAUGCCAAACACUAUACCUAAGAGGGUGAUAAAUCCUAACCCUGAUAUGAUUGUAAAGGAAAUGUUUUGCUCUUAAUGCAAAACUCUAAGCAACACUGCUUUAGUCUAUUUGGAUCCUAUUUUUAAGAAAAUUUAAUUUAGCAAAAGUAGCCCAUUGAUUCCCAGUAGCGAAAAUUAAUUAGGAUCACUUGAUUAAGUUCUUAAAAGUAUAUCCGUUAGCGAAAAUUCGUCUUCUUAGCACAGUACUUUAAAAAAGGAAUACAACGAAUAAGAAUAUUUUGAUUAUAUCACACUCUAUGUAGUAGAUAUGGAAGAUAGCAUAAAGUCAAGAAAAAAAAAUAUAGAACACUUCUUAGUAGAUUUUAAGGUUAAGGAUAUUAAAUUCAUUGAAAACUUGGAAUAAGCCAUUAAAAUAUUUAUUUAAAAAUUUUAUGAUCUCUCCAUACUUAUUUGUAAUGAAGAUAUCCAAACAAUCUUAACAUAGGCAUAUCAAUACUAACUAGAUCUUGCAUUUUCUAAUGGAAUUAGUGAGUUUUUAUCCAAAAAUAUAAUAAUUUCUAAGGCUAUAUUGCAAAAUUUAUCUUUGGUGUAAUGUGUACAUGACGCUGAUUACAGUAUUUACACUAAAGCUUAGGAAAGAAUACUACUUCACUUAAAUAAGUUCCACAGUUUUAACUUUGUCCUAUCAUAGAAAUUACUCAAAUAAAACUUUUCUUUUGAUGACAUAUGGCGCCAAGUAGCAGCUGAUCUGUAUCUCAUAUAUAACAAUGAUCAAUAUAGAUUAAAGCAAUUGAUUAGGGCUUUUGCUUUAUUAUAUUUACAAUAUAUUUAGAUAUUUUACGCCUUCUUAUUAGCGAAGUAGAGAGAAUUCCCUUAACUCACUAUUGAAAAACUUAAAAAUAUGUACGAAGAAGAUUUGGAAUUUAGACUAAGCUGUUAAAUAUUUAGUUUACCUUAUUUGAGAUUAGUAAUGGCAACAUUCAUUACUAUGUUCGAAUUCAAUGAAGAAGUCAUAAGUAACAAUUUAACAAAGAAAUAUAUUGAUGAAGAGAAGGAAUUAGAGGUGUAUGAGGAUAUUUUAGGAAAAGAUUUUACAAACAUCAACUUUGAAUCAAUUAUGAAGACUUCUAAUUCAUAAAAUUUCUGGUAGUUAUAUAUGAAUGACCUCAAUAAUUUAAAUAAUACUCAAAAACUCUAACCUUUCUUAGAAAAGAAUCCUUGCUUUAAAUUUUCAUUUGUAUAUUUAGGAGAAAAUUACAUGCAAUUCCAUCGUUUCCACUAUAAACCUUGCUGUCUCUGCAAUAGAUAUAGUCCUAAGACGAAACUAGUUUUAUGUCUAAUCUGUGGAUAAGUAAUGUGCGUUGUUGACUGCAAUCUUUAAUAAGACUAAAUACCUGAAUAAGGCAAUUUAAGUAAUCACUCAUUGAGUUAUCAUGAAGGAAAGACAAUUUUCCUAUCCUUAUAAAAUCAAGAAAUUAUUUUUAUUGACUAUCCUAAAGGAGUUGCAUAGAAAACUCCUAUUUUCUUAGAUGAAAUUGGUUAGCCAAUAGAUCUAGCAGUAAAUGAAGAUUGGGAAAGAUUUACAAUUAAUAAAAAGAAACUUGAUAGCUUAAGAUAAAUUCUGUUCAAUAGAAAACUCCCUCAGCAUAUUAGACAAAUUCUAUGGUAUGAAGACCCAAAUACUAAAUGCAUAGAUUAAAAAUAUUGA